AUUAUAGAAUUAUUGCAGCUGAAAUAUUUUUGGUGUUUAUUAAAAAAAAACAGCACAAGAUAGAAAUGAAGAAGGUUACUAAUCAUCAUCGUCGUCGUGGCGGCAUCCCCGCCGCCCUCUUCAUCAUGAUGGCAUUCUAUUGCUCUACUCUUGCGUCAAUUGUCGUCGCCGGUGAAGAAUUUGUGGUCGGUGGCGCAAAGGGGUGGCGCCGCCCCGACCAAAACCAUACCGAGAUGUACCUCCACUGGUCUUCCAACCGCAGGUUUCACGUCGGCGAUUCCAUCCGUUUCGAGUACAAGAAUGACAGCGUGAUGGAGGUGGACAAAUGGGGUUACUACCACUGCGACGCAACCAACCCCAUCUCGGCGGCGGACGACGGCAACACCACCGUCUAUCUGGACAGGAGCGGCCCCUUCUACUUCACUAGCGGCAACUACGACCACUGCAAGGACGGGCAGCGUCUCCAAGUGGGGGUCCUCCCGUUGCAUGAUCAAUAUGCUCCGCCGCCGGCCAUGUCGCCUUUCUCGUCGCCGACCUCACAUUCCGGCGGCGCUUUUCUUCCCUCGCCCGCAUCCUUCUCGGUGUUCGUUUUCGCUCUCAUCAGCGCCGCCGCCGCCGCCGCCGCCGCCGCCGCCGCCGCCGCCACCCGUAUCGCUUAAUUAAUGCAUUUUCCAGCCAGCAUGUCAUCGUGCAAUAAUAUUGUUUAAUUUCGAUCGUCUUGAUGUUUUUUUUUUCAUUACACAAUUUUAUUUCAUAUUAUAUCGGCUACGUAGCUAGACGUUUAUACGAUUCAUGUUUUUUCUAGUCGUGCAUGUCUUUCUGUUAUGAUACGCCAUGUUUUAUUUGUUGGCUGGGAAAAUAUUUACUAUUAUAUGCUUCAAAUAAUAUUUUGAGUUGUGA